UAUAUAAACCAAUCCAUUUGUACAUAAUUAUAAAUAUUUCAAGGAGAAUAUUUUAUCCGAAUUCUGAACAAACGGGUGUGUUUAAUGGAUGGAAGUGACAUGUGUGAGCGAGAUGUGAAUUUAAUGUUUUGAAUUUUACAAAACCUGAGCUAAAACCGAACUGUAUUCUUUAUUUUUAUAAACUAAUAUUUUAGGAUUACGUGUAACAGUGCAUAAUUUUUUUUUAACAUUAUUGUAAUAUUUAAGCUCAGUUAAGAUUUUGUAAUCAUAACAAGGGUUUGUUGAUCGAUAGCUUACGUGAAUAAUCCUUAGUAAUUUUGUUGACCUCAAUAAACUGUUUAAAAUGGGAGAUAAAGAAGAUUAUUUGACGUCCUAUCGCGUGUUUUUUGAAAAUUUUGCUGCUACUGUGAAUCCUGAAGACCAGCUACCAGUUCACAUCGCUGGAUACACCAUAACGGAAUCAGAGUUGCCGGGCGAAGUCCUUUAUUGGACAACUCAAUAUUUGACCGAAAAACAAUGUCCGCCGACACUGAUGACGCCGCUGCGGCGGAUCAUACUCGACGAGGUGCAAGUCGCAUCGAAGAAGCAACCCAAUGACUUUGGGUACAAACCUGACGAAUCAGUGUACAUAGCCCUACGGCUAAUGCAGGCGGUCACAGCUCGAGUCAUCGACGUCUGUUUGCGUUACCUGGACAACUCCAAGCUGGACACACUGCCGCCGCCCCCACCUUUAAACAAGAGGGACAUGAAGACCGUCUCGUGUGCCAUCAAAAAUUCAAGAAGAGUCAUGGAGGAUAGACAUGUGGAGAUCGGAAAUUUGGAAGCGCUUUUCGGUAUCGAGACGACAGAACCCACAAGUUUCUACGCGGUGUACGACGGUCACGCGGGCUCUGCCGCGGCCACGUACUGCGCAGCGCAUCUCCAUCAGUACCUGGUGGAAAGUCCACACUUCGCCGCCGACCUCCAGAAAGCUACGAGGGAAGCCUUUCAGAGGACGGACGUCGAGUUCGUCCGGAAGAGCAACCAGGAGAGAGCAUGCGGCGGCAGCACAGCGGUAGUAGUAACUAUGCGAGGGAGACAGCUGCAGGCGGCGUGGGCGGGGGACUCACUGGCUCUGCUGGCCAAGAGGAUGAGGCUCAUGCAGCUCGUGUGUCCACACAAACCUGGACGGCAGGACGAACGCGACCGAAUAGAGAAGUCCGGGGGCACGGUCAUGUAUUGGGGCACGUGGCGCGUCAACGGACAGCUUGCUGUGUCGCGCGCUAUCGGUGACGCACAGUACAAACCAUACGUGACGGCGCGGCCGGAGAUCGAGACGGUCGACCUGGAUGGAGACGAGGACUUUGUGGUGGUGGCGUGCGACGGGCUCUGGGACUUCGUCAGCGAAGACGACGUCGCGUUGGCGGUCUACAGGCAACUCGCUGCUGAUCCGGAUGACUUGAAGGCGGUGACGAAGCGUCUGGUGGAGCAAGCAAAGCGCCAGGGCUCCGCAGACAACAUCUCCAUAAUCGUGGUGUUCCUGAAGGACCCGCGUCUCAUCGCAUCAGACAACUGCCCUCCGCCCAUGGAGCUUGGGCUGGACAACGCGUUGGCGAGCACGUUCGCCAUGGAGGCGGAGGCGUGCAAGCACCAGCUGGCCAGCGCGGACGGCGGCGAGUGCGCCGAGAGCGCCGACAACGGGGUGGACAACUCCGACAGCGACAGCGAAGACCUGGGACCUGAGACGGCAGUCGACGUCGACGCGGACGACGACGCGGAAAACAUUGACGCGGAGAGGAAUCACGAACAAGCAGCGCCCACGCCGCCCGCAGACACAGUGGAGGACAGCCACGUCGACGGUCUGCUGGUGGAUAAUGUAGCUGAGAGCGGUGAAGAGUCCGAAGACGAGUGGAACUACUUUAAGGGCGAAGGUGAACGUGAGGAGAACCCUAGCGAGGAACCCGACGAGGCGCCGCGCUCGCCCACAUCCUGCCAGGACAAUUCUGCGUGGGAAAGCAGCUCAGUAGACAUGAACAGUUCUCCCCUGAACCCGGACGCCCCGGUGUUUGUACCGGGGACGGUGGCUGGGGCAGACAUGCUACUCGCGGAGUCUCCUCGCAAACCCAUGCCCAUGGACGACAUUGACAUCCCAGACGUGAAGCAGUUUGAAACUGAGGCAGAGGUCAGGCCUGCCGAGCUGUUGGAUUUGGAUAAUUGUGAUCAACUGAAUGGUCACCAUAAUGUAUCCUUUGAUGAUGCUGGCAAUGAGAAGUUAAAUGGUAAUGAUAAGUGCAACAUGGAUAGUUUGGGCUUUGGGUUCAGCGUGGGUGUGGACACUGACAAAAUGCUAGACAAAGGCCUCAUACAAGACUUUGAGAGGAUACAGAAAGACACAACGGACUUCUGUAAUAUACAGGUAUUCCAGACCCACACUGAAACAAAUCCCUUUGCAAAUGAAACAAAUGAUGAGCUUUUUGAAAGACUGAAAAAUAAGGAGAGAGAUCCCAUGAGCAUGAGUUUUUACCAAGAGAAAGAUGAUGACACAUGUGAAAGACUUACCAGAGAGCCCCCAGUUGAUCUCAAUGCAGUCCAACUGUUACCCGACAGUGAUGAUGAGGACGUUCAGACGAACGGUGUCAGCGAUACCGAUCUGGACAAAGAAAACAUUGCACCAGAACAAACAGACGCACGCACUGAUGUUCCAGAACCAAAUAACGACAUUAUGAGGUUAGACUGUCGAACAGAUGUCAAUGCUAGUGAACAAUCAGAUCCCUUCUCUCAGGGAGACAAUUUUGUAGAUUACAAUGUAAGCAAUACAAAUAAUGUACCUGGCUUCGAGUUCGAAUCCAGCAAUGUUACACAGAAUACAAUUUUACAAACAGACACUCCAGAAUCUCAUAAGUUAUUAUUUGAACAAAUUCCUGAAAUUCCAGAUGGUAAAAGUUCAGAAUUAGGUUUUACAAAUGAGGAUGUACCUUCAGAGAGCGAAAAAGAUGCGCGAGCCUUCACGCCUCAGGAAGAGACAUCACAAGACGUCGAAAUGGAGAGUAAAUCUGAGGACUCUCCUUGUGCAGAAACACAACCAGAGUUACCUGCAGAGCCGCAGGAACUCGAAGUCGCGCCAUCGAAUGUGUCACAAGAAGUAGACAACAAGCAAAAUGAAAUCUUAUUAGAAUCAGCGCUCACUCCCGACGCUCAUCAACCUGCACAGUUCUCUCCAGCAGACGAUGACAAAUCCGCCGGCACAUUCUCCCCAGAAGUUCCGCACGACACACAAGAAAAUAUCAUUGUAGAUGUACAUCAUAAUAAUGAGUCGAACGACGUCGACGAGGUUCCAGAAAUCAGACUGGAAACAGAGGUACUUGCGGAUGCGCCGAUCGAUGAAAACUUUGUUUGCGGUGUCUCGCCGUCGCCGGCCCAGUCUCCGCUGCCGUCUCAGUCGCCGCUACCGAGUGAAGCGGUGCACUCCCCCCUUCCAGUAGAAUCUUCUGUCACGCAAGAAUUUGUCGCAUCCCAGUCUCCGUUCGACGAUGGUCUGAAAACGGAAUCUCCGCUUCCUUCCCAGUCGCCGCUUCCGAGCGAAGCUAAGUCUCCGAUUCCCGAGACGAUCGACUCUCUCGCGGUUGCGAAAUCUCCCUCCCCCGCCCCCUCGCCCGAGGCUCCCGUCGCAGCGUCUCCUGUGCCUUCACAAGAGCACAGCAUUCCCGAAAUACAGGAGCGGUCGAACGAAAUCUUCGGAUCGGUCAGUCCCACUCCCGCUGAAGUGCCGCUGCCGCGCGACUCCCCCCCGCCCCCCGCCGAGCCGCUCCCCGCCCCUGCGGAGGAACCCCGGCUCGACGCCGCCUCCCCCUUCGACCUCCAGCCGGCCGUCGAACUUACGUUACGACCGGAGACCGUAUCGCCGAUCGAAGCCGAAAUCGUCCAAAACAAACUCGUCGACGAGUCGGCCGCGAGGUUGACGCCCACAGAAUCCUCCGAGGCCGCGCCCUCAGCGUCCGGGCCCGCGCCCGACCUCGUGCCGGCCUCGCCCGUCACCGACCUCGACCUCGGCAUCCCCGAGUCGCACGCGCAGGAGAUCUGCGUGCCCGUGUGCAGCGAGAUCCGGCGCGAGGACGGCGUGCUGGCCGGCCUCACGCCGCCGCCCACGCCGGCUGUGCAGCCGGACGUGCCGCCGCUCAGCGACCCGCGCCUCGACGGGGACGCGGCCGCGGCGGGCGCCGCCGCAGCCGUCGUCGCCGCGGUCGCCGCCGCCGGGGUCACCGCCGCCGGGGUCACCGCCGCCGCCAAAUCGAAAACUCCCGCUAAAAAGUCUCCAACGACUCCCUCGGCGACGAAGGCGACCCCCAAAGCGGCGCCUAAGGUCGCGGCAAGCCCGCGCGCCCCGCUUUCGGCGAGCAAGAAGCCAGCGACGCCGGCGCGGCCGCCGCCCGCCGCCCGCCCGACCUCGUCCGCCGGCAAGCCCGCCGCGCGCCCCGCCCCCGCCUCCGCCCCCGCCCCCGCCGCCGCGAGAACGUCCUCCGUCAACAAAUCAACCCCUGCGGCGAGAACGUCCACAAGUAAACCGGCGAGCGCGCCGUCGGCCGCCGCCAAGCCGGCGACCGCGCGUGCGGCGGCGCCGAGGCCGGCGCCGGCGGCCGCCAGCAAGGCGACCGCGCGGCCGCAGCCGGCGCGCCCGGCGCCCCGACCGGCCGCUGCGACCGCUCGCCCCGCCAGCGCCACCACGUCUGCGGCUGCGGCUGCCCCUAAACCUAAGGAAAUUAAACCUAAAGUACUUGAGAAGAAGCCCCUUCCGAACGGCGACGUGAAGGACGCCAAGUCGCUGUCGAAGGCGCCGGCGCGAGCGUCCGCCGCCGCCCGCCCCGCGCCCCGCGCCGCCCCGCGAGUGCCCCCGCCCGCGCCCCCGCCCGCGCCCGCGACCGCCGCCACACAAACCAACAGACCGACAGCGCCGAAGCCGGCGCCGCGCGCCAGCAACAAGCCGCUGGACAAGCAGAGCAAGGACCUCGCCAACAAGCGCAUCACCGCCAGGGCCGCGCCGCCCAGGACCGCCGCCGCUAAGGCGCCAUUAAAAGGCACGACGAUGAAGGCGGUGCCCAAAAAGUCUCCGGAAAGCCAGAAGUCCUCGGAGCUACAGACUACUGCCCUGACGAACGGCACCGCGGACAACAAGCUCACGCCGAGUCCGCCGCCCGCUGACAAUGCACUAUUGCCGGACGUCAUCGCGUAGACACGACAUCGAUUCCUAUUAUUUCCGCUUGAAUUUUGUGAUUUUCUAUAAGUGUAUGAUAGUUUUAACGUCGCUCGUAGCGGCGAGUCGUUAGGUGCGGGAGAGUCCUCCCAGUUUAUAUUAUAGAGGCGCUUUAUAGAAGUGUACGUUGCAGUUCGUUAUGGCGGGGCGGACGGCCGCUCCGCACGGUUAUUAUCCAUUAUUAUGAUUAUAAGUCUGUUUUUAGAAUUUUAUAUUACCAACGAAUGAUUGAUUUCAAAUCUGGCUUUUAAUUUAUUUUCUUUGUAUAACCGUAUUAUUUAAUAAAAACGUGAAGAAGGACUGAGACAUUGUUUUAUUUAUGAAGGUUUAAAUUUAUAAAAUAUAAUUAAGUGAAUCGAUACAGAUUAAUCUUGUUUAAUUCUUAAUAGCUUACUUAUUAUGUCGAUGUAAACUUAAAUAUCAUGGUGUUACAAAGAAAUACAUACUAAAAUAGAGCAUUUUAUUCGAAUAAAUGAUUAUCACCCUA